AUGAUUCUGCGAGUCGCACUCAACACGUUAGCUGUUGCUAGCGUAGCCGUCGCGCAGGCUACUACUUACCAAGCAGAAGCUGCUACACUGUCGGGGGUCACGAUUGGUGCUUCAGUUGCUGGGUUUUCGGGUACUGGAUAUGUAGAAGGCUUCGAUACGGCGUCCGAUUCCAUCACGUUUACUAUAAACAGCACCACUUCCCAACUGUAUGAUCUAAAGAUCAUUUACAAUGGUCCUUACGGGGAUAAAUAUACCUACGUUGUUCUAAACAAUGCGGGAGGAUCGCAAGUCUCUCUUCCGGCCACUUCAGCCUGGGUGACCGUUCCAGCUGGCCAGGUGCUUCUCAAUACCGGCUCGAACACGAUCCAGAUUCAGAACAACUGGGGCUGGUACCUCAUCGAUGCGAUUACACUCUCCCCUGCGGCAAAACCUGGCCCUCAUCAAACUACCACAGUUCCCGUUAAUACGAAUGCGAACAGCGACACAAGAGCCUUGCUGAAGUUCCUUGGGAGCAUUUAUGGGAAGAAAACCCUCUCUGGCCAACAGGACCAAGCGUCGCUAGAUUGGGUGACUCAAAAUGUCGGCAAGACACCGGCGAUCCUUGGGCUUGAUCUAAUGGACUACACCGAGUCGCGCAUUUCUCGUGGAGCCGUGUCCACUGAUGUUGACAAAGCCAUCGAUUUCGCAAAGAAAGGGGGGAUUGUGACGUUCUGCUGGCACUGGGGGGCGCCCGUUGGACUGUACGACACUGCAGAUCAUCGGUGGUAUAGUGGAUUUUAUACCGACGCAACAGACUUCAACAUCGAGGCCGCAUUGGCUGAUACGACCAAUGCGAAUUACACGCUUCUACUAAAGGACAUCGAUACCAUUGCGGUUCAAUUAAAGAAAUUGCAAAAUGCAAGUGUCCCGGUCAUCUGGAGGCCACUCCACGAGGCAGAAGGAGGCUGGUUCUGGUGGGGUGCGAAGGGCCCGGAGCCAGCGAAGAAGUUGUGGGGUAUAAUGUAUGAUCGCCUCACGAAGCGGCAUGGUUUGAACAAUUUGAUCUGGGAAUGGAACUCUAUUAAGCAGAGUUGGUACCCUGGCAGCGAGACAGUGGAUAUUGUGAGCGCGGACACAUACACCCAAGGUGAUCACGGGCCUAUAUCAGCAACCUACAACAAUCUUCUUGCGCUUACAAACGAUACAAAGAUUAUCGGCGCAGCUGAGAUUGGCUCCGUUAUGGACCCUGUUCAACUCCAAGCCUACCAAGCCGACUGGGUUUACUUCUGUGUCUGGAGCGGCGAUUACAUAUCUGGAGGGUCAUGGAAUAGCCUGGAUCUCCUUAAGAGUGUCUACAGCAGCGACUAUGUUCUUACCCUCGACGAGAUACAAGGCUGGAAAAAUAGCAGUUUAUAA